AUGCUAAAAAUCGCUUUGCAUUUGCAUUCUAAUAGAUACGGACUGAUGGCCCAAAGUACAAGUGCUGAGUACGAUUAUUCAAUGAAGCUUUUGCUAAUUGGAGAUAGUGGUGUUGGAAAGUCACAAUUGUUGCACCGUUUCUCGGAUAGAUCUUUUAUUCCUGGUUGUAGGGCUACUAUAGGAAUUGACUUUAAAAAUAAAAAUAUUGAGUUGGAUGGUAAACGAAUCAAGCUCCAAGUGUGGGAUACUGCAGGUCCAGAACGUUUUCGUACGAUUACUACAGGUAAACCAAGAAUAUUAUUCGCUUUUGUAUAUGAUAUUACCGAUGAACGGUCUUUUAAUAAUAUAAGAAUUUGGUUUAGUAAUGUAGAGCAACAUGCUUCUGAAGGAGUUAAUAAGAUCCUCAUUGGAAGCAGUUGUGAUUUGUUCGAGAAAAGGGUAAUUACUAAAGAACAAGGUCAAGCACUUGCAGAUGAAUUUGGAAUCAAAUUUUUCGAAACCAGUGCUAAAGAAAACAUAAAUGUUGAGGAAGCAUUCUUUACAUUAGCCAG